AUCGACGGUUUUGCCAGCUCUGCCGCCUUGGUCAUUUGGUCGCGCAUUAAAUUAAAUUUUUAAACAAUAACUAAGCAUAUUCUGCUCAGUUUUUAAGCACAACUCGCACUCACACACACACAUCCACACACACAUAUAAUGGCUGCUUCAAUGAGGGCGCUGCUUAAAGUGCGAGAUGGCUUUGUUGCCGGCAUUCGCUGCAAUUCGCAAUACAAUCAAACGCGCGGCAAUCUUAAACUGAACGGAGAUUCGCGUGUCAUCUGUCAAGGAUUCACCGGCAAGCAGGGCACCUUCCACAGCCAACAAGCCUUGGAGUAUGGCACCAAAUUGGUUGGCGGCAUCUCACCCAAAAAGGGUGGCACCCAACAUUUGGGUCUGCCCGUUUUUGCCACCGUCGCCGAGGCCAAAAAGGCAACCGAUCCCCAUGCCACGGUUAUCUAUGUGCCACCACCCGGUGCAGCAGCUGCCAUUUUGGAGGCACUCGAUGCGGAAAUUCCAUUGAUUGUCUGCAUUACGGAGGGUGUGCCCCAGCAUGAUAUGGUCAAGGUUAAGCAUGCCUUAAUUAGCCAGAAUAAAUCUCGUCUGGUUGGACCCAAUUGCCCGGGCAUCAUUGCUCCCGAACAGUGCAAAAUUGGCAUUAUGCCUGGCCAUAUACACAAGCGUGGCAAGAUCGGUGUUGUCUCACGUUCCGGUACUUUAACCUACGAGGCAGUGCAUCAGACCACCGAAGUGGGUCUCGGCCAGACUCUGUGUGUCGGCAUUGGUGGUGAUCCAUUCAAUGGAACUGAUUUCAUUGAUUGCCUGGAAGUAUUCCUUAAGGAUCCCGACACCAAGGGCAUUAUACUGAUUGGUGAAAUCGGUGGUGUGGCCGAAGAGAAGGCUGCCGACUAUUUGACUGAAUUCAAUACGGGUAUCAAGGCCAAGCCUGUGGUCUCGUUUAUUGCCGGCGUUUCUGCACCACCCGGUCGUCGUAUGGGACAUGCUGGUGCCAUCAUCUCUGGUGGUAAGGGUGGAGCCAAUGAUAAGAUUGCCGCCUUGGAGAAGGCUGGCGUCAUUGUGACAAGAAGUCCAGCUAAAAUGGGUCACGAAUUGUUUAAGGAAAUGAAGCGUUUGGAGCUAGUCUAAAUCAUCAAUGAAAAACAAAAAACUGGAAACAAUUUUGAACAAACGAAGAAAAACCAACAUCAUGUGUGACAAAAAGCCAACGUACCGAUUAAAAAACGUACGCUAAACUCAUUUUUGGAGAUAUACAAAACAAAGAAAAAUUGCACCAUACAUAUAAAACUAUUUAAAAGUUAAGCAAAAAGUGAAAAACACCUAAAAAACAAAAUUGUUGUCGAAAUCGAUAUAUAUAAAAAUGAACCUAAAUAAAUUAUUAUGUGAAACAAAAAUUCGCAUUCGCUAAAGUGAAAACGAA